AUGUCGGCUGAUCGCGAGGUUGAGCUUGCCCAACCCCACAAUGACUCCCCCGUCGAGCACAUCGUCGUGAGCAACGAGAAAGACGAUAUAUCCAUUGACAAGGAGAAUGGUUCCGUCACCCCCGACGGCGGGGAGCCCACCGAGGACGAGAAGCGUUCUCUGCGUCACGUCGCCGAGAACCUGCCCGUCUCCGCCUGGUUGGUGGCCGUGGUCGAGCUGUGCGAGCGGUUCACCUACUACGGUAUGUCUGGUCUGUUCCAGAACUACGUCCUGCGCCCGCUUGACGGCAGCGAGGGCCGUGGUGCUCUCGGUAUGGGCCACCAGGGUGCGACUGGUCUGACCACUUUCUUCCAAUUCUGGUGCUAUGUGACCCCCAUCCUCGGUGCCAUUGUGGCCGAUCAGUACCUCGGCAAGUACAAGACUAUUGUUUGGUUCUGCGGUAUCUACCUGAUCGGUCUUUUGAUCCUAGUCUGCACUUCCAUUCCCAGUGCUCUGGAGCACGGUGCCGGCCUUGGUGGCUUCAUCGUGGCUAUUCUGAUUAUCGGCCUGGGUACCGGUGGUAUCAAGUCCAACGUGGCUCCUCUGAUCGCCGACCAGUACAAGCGCAAGAAGAUGGCCCUCAAGACCCUUCCCAAGGGUGAGCGCGUGGUCAUCGAUCCAGCCCUGACCAUUCAGCGCAUCUACAUGAUCUUCUACGGCUGUAUCAACAUCGGUUCGCUCUCUUUGCUGGCCACUCCCUACAUGGAGCUGUACAUCGGCUUCUGGUCCGGCUACCUGCUAUGUCUCUGUAUGUUCGCCGCCGGUACCGGUGUUCUCAUCUUCGGCCGCAAGUACUACGUCGUCCGUCCCCCGCAGGGCUCCAUCAUCACAGACGCCUUCAAGGCCCUCUGGAUCAUGGUCAAGAACCGCAACAUGGACGCUCCCAAGCCCAGCUGGCAAGCCGAGCACAGCGGCAAUCAACUCACCGUCCCCUGGGACGACCACUUCAUCGACGAGCUCAAGCGUGCCCUUGUCGCCUGCCGCGUUUUCGCCUUUUACCCCAUCUACUGGGUCGUCUACGGCCAGUUCUCCAGCAACUUCGUUACCCAAGCCGGCCAAAUGGAAGGCCACGGCAUCCCCAACGAUCUCAUGCAGAACUUCGACCCAAUCUCUAUCAUCGUGUUCAUUCCUUUGCUUGAGACCCUGGUCUACCCCCUGAUGCGCCGUUUGAAGAUCCCCUUCCGCCCCAUCACCCGUAUUUCUCUCGGUUUCAUCGUCGCCUCCCUCGCAAUGAUGUACGCCGCCAUCGUGCAGCACCUAAUCUACUCCGCUGGACCCUGCUACGGACACCCCCAGUGUGAUGCCUCUAUCGUCGACGGCGCAACUACCGGCAACAGAGUGCACAUCGCCAUUCAGACCCCGGCCUACGUCUUCAUCGGUAUCUCCGAGAUUUUCGCCUCCGUCUCCGGUCUCGAAUACGCCUACACCAAGGCCCCCCCCUCGAUGAAAUCCUUCGUCCAGUCGAUGUACCUCCUCACCAACGCCUUCGGUUCCGCCCUCGCCGAAGCCCUCACUCCCGCCGCCUUCGACCCCGCUAUCAUGUGGAUGUUCGUCGGUCUGGCCUGUGCUUCCUUCGCAUGCGGUCUCAUCUUCUUCCUCGUCUUCCACCACCUCAAUGCCACAGAAGACGACAUGAAUGCGCUGGAUGCGGAUGACGAUCUUGUCGCUGAGACAGUGGCUCCUCAUGCUACUGAGCCUGUUGAUGCUGUUGAUCAUGCGCAGCAUAAGCAUUAG